AUGUCUCAACAACAAGAAGCAUCUUCUGCAGCCUCAUCUACUGCAACAAUUGUUGAAGAGAAAAUCACAAAUAAUAACAAGGCUUCUUCAUCAUCGGCAUCUGAACAACAGCAAAGAGAUGUUCCCAAGCUGAAAUCACAAGUAAAUAAGCAAAAACUUCAAAAGGCUAUCAAGGAACAUCUUCCUCCUAAUCAUACAUUGUGGAGGGAGGUUUUUUCAUUUCUGGAGAGUGAUGAUUUGUUCUUUGGUGUUGGAUGUGUUUGCAAAUGUUGGAAAUCUUCAUAUUUGGAUGGAAUGACGAGGAAUUUAUUGAUCAUGUUUAAUAGGAAUUUACAAACAUAUUGUGAAAAUAAUCAGAUUAAUGAAUCGAGUAGGGAACAAUUGGCUCGUAGGACUUUUAUUGAAAUGUGGAAGGAAUAUAUUAAAUUAUUGAUUAUUAAUGAUUUGUCACAGAUAAUAAGAUUGGACACUAGAAAGCUUCUCCUUCUCAAUUAUAAUACAAGUGCAAAUGAUCAUCAUUCGGAAGAAUCGAGGUUAUUUGAAAAAUUUGCAAAUGAAUUGUGUGACAAGGAAAGAAUGCUUCCUAUCACCACUAAGAAAGAGUACACAACCAUGUCGAUGGAAUUGAGAAAUAUUCUCGUAGGAAAGGGAGCCAAUAAUAAUAAUGUAAUUCCAACCAUUGAUAAUUCCAUUACCAUCAAGCCAGUGACAAGCUCUACCUCUAGUUAUAGUAUUAGUAUUGAUGAAAAUCCAAAUGAAGAAAAGACAGGCCUUUUGAAUUCUUACAAGAAGAUCAGAAUUUCCAACUUUGACAUUCAAAAUAAGACUAUGAUUGAAUUGUUGGAAAAUCAAUGGAAGCAAUACUUUUCCAGAUUUGUAUGGAAUCAUCAGAGACCUUCAAUGCUUCAAAAGACUGAUCUCACCUCUGGAGAGGUUGUUCUUGACUCUGAGCAAGGUGAAAAAUCUGUUGGCAUCAUUCAAACCAUUCUCAAUAUGUUUGGUUGUAAUUUUGAGAAUGACUUGUCUGCAUCCAAUGAAAGUUUCAGCUCUAGUUUGUCACUGGGAGAUGGUAAUGUCAAUGUUUUGAAUAUUUCCCUCUUUAUUAAUGGAGAGUUUGGCAGUUUUAUUGCUGAUGGAUAUUCAGAGGUUGGAUUUGAUUUUAUGGAGAGAACUUUCAAAAUUGGAAAGCAAGUUUAUCAAUGUAAAUUGAAUUUGUGUGCUGGAUCUAAACGAUUCAUCAGUGGAGGACUCAUUCAAACCAAAAAUUCAGACUAUGUCAUUUUGUGCACAACCAAUGCAGAUAUGACUCAAUAUGAAUACUUUGAAGCCUACGAUACCAAUCCAAUGACUGAAUAUCUCCUUGUUCACUUAAAGACUCCACUCUCAGAAGAUCUCAAAACAGAAGAAGUUGAAAGAAUGAGAAACUUUUCCAAAACAAUUCUCAAAUGUCCAUUUAUUUCCUUGGAUAAGGAAACCUUUGGAUCCAACAUUCCACUCAUGUAUUGCAUUAUUUUGCAUCACUGUCUCAAAAAUCAAACCUUCUCAUCUUCUAGAAGAAAAUAA